GGACGAUUGAAGAAGACUGAAGACAUUAAUUUAUUAAAAAUGUAAUUAAAUAUUGUUUAGAUAACCAAUGUCAAAUCAAAUCGUACAACGUAACCUUAUCGUUUCAUUAAAAUUUUCCUAAAAACGUUUUAAAGUUAAUUUCAUAUGAAUAAAAUAAAUAGCGACCUUGCACUUCAACAGCUGUCAACCAGCAGGAGUAAGACAAGAAUGGAAUAAACAAAAAAUACAAUAAUAUAUUUUCAUCAUGAGGACCGUGAGUUCCCAUCUUCUAGAAGAUAAAAUGGAUGAUGCCGUCACACAUUAUAUCAAUUCGCACCAAUCUACAGAGGCUGUGCAUGUGGAUGCCAAUUCUCUUGCACUAAACGUGCAGGACGACGGCGGUGGUCGGGUGGUAACAGUGAUGCAGCCACUCAGCUUCUCAACAUCACAAAUGUGCAGACAAGUAUCAGUCAAUGAUCAAGUGAAUGAGGGUCAAUGGAGUGAAGAGCUUAUGGACCCUGACGGGAAACUGGCAGCUAUAGUAGCACACCUCUCACGACCAUCACAUCAUCCAACACAUCAUAAGAUAUCUGCAGUGAGGAAUGAUGUAGAUGCGUCAGUUAUAUUAGAUGCUCCUAUGAGGUUGUAUAAUGGACCAUCAUUGGAUAGUACAAUGUUAACGGAGCAAGAUAGACAAGUAUUGGAUAUAGCAGCGAGUGCUUCUCCAGUACAAAAUAAACAUCAAAGUAAAAAGAGUCUCCCGCAUAAGAAAAGGAUUUCGAAAAAGUUAAAGCGCAACACUGGAAAUAGUACUCCGCAACAAGACCAGAUAGUGGUGAUCCACUGUAACCCUCAGGUGUCGCAGGAGGAGAUCCUGCCCGACAACUUUGUGGGCGCUGUGCCUCAUCCGGACCACCUCGCAGCUGACCCUCACCAUAUCGCACAUGAUAUGCGGCCCAUACUGCUGUGUCAGUUGUGCGGUGAGUUCUACGGAGAGGACCAGGUCAAGUUCUACCAUCAUCUCCGGCAGCACUACGAGCCUCACGGCACCAUCAUCAUCGAGAACCCUGUACCUGACCUCUCUAUUGAUAAGAUGAGCAACACCUGCAUAGUAGACAAUGUACAAUCUCUCCCCGACUCCCUCGUUGAACUUUCUCUAGAGAACACAGUGCCCAAGUCGAUAUACCAACCGAUGGACAAGCACAUACUGUACACGACAAGUGAUAAGACUCUAUCCUGUCACAAUAAGGUACAAUAUACAAUAGCAGGUGAGAAAGAACUACCUCAGGAUAACGGCAAAGCGGACCUGUAUGAAACAUUGGGCAAACUCGACUUAUACAACUGUCCGAAAUGUGAAAAGUCCUUUAAAAAACAGAAGCAAUGUGAGGAACACGUUAAAGAGGCGCAUUUGAAUCCCAAGCUGGAGGACAUGGGCGAAUUCAGCGAGCCGGAGGACCUGAUGGCCGGCAUCCAUGUGGCCGUGGAGGACGGCGAGCAGUACGAACCCACCUUGCUGCCCCACCUCGUGGUAGAGAAUGGACACGUGCACCAGGAUCACGUCAGGCACUGGUACAUGCGCGGCAGCGGUGAGAUGUGCUGCGACGCGCCCGACUACUGUGCGGUGUGUCCCCCCGCACCCCUGCCGCCAGUCAGCACACCUGCCGCUAUGAACAGACAGUCGCCGCAACUUAAAGAAGAAGUUCUCCAACGGAUAUUCGAAAGCGAAGUGCCGAAUCAGGAGGCUUCCUCUUUCACUGCAAUAAUCGAGAACCCGCCGGAGCCACCCCACCCCCCACAGCCUCCGCGCGACGAGAAGACUACGAAAGCGUCCGCCGGCAAAAAGAAAGCUGUCAAGAAAUUCGAAUGUCCGCUCUGCGACAGAGUGUUCCAUCACCGGAACAGUCUGCUGUACCACAUGCUGAUGCACGGGGAGAAGCAGCACUAUUGCAAGGACUGCGAUAAGGGAUUCUACACCGCUGCAGCUUUGAAGGUACACCGGCGCGUGCACAGCGGGGACCGGCCCUGCGCCUGCGACGAGUGCGGCCGCAACUUCCGUCAGUGGAGCGACCUCAAGUACCACAAGGCCUCCAUACACUCCGACCAGAAAAACUUCAAAUGCGAGUUCUGCGAGAAGGAGUUCGCGCGGCGCUACUCGCUGAACGUGCACCGGCGCAUUCACACCGGGGAGCGCAACUACAAGUGUGACUACUGCAACAAGACCUUCCGCGCCUCCUCCUACCGCCUCAGUCACAUGCGCACGCAUACAGGUAGUAAACCCUACAAGUGCCCGCAGUGCGAGAAAUGUUUCCGAGUCGCGUACGACCUGCGCCGGCACAUGCUCAUACACGAGAAAGUCCGCCUGCGGGUUGACGAGAUGAAGCCGAAGCCCAAAGACACCAAGGAUAAGAAGACCAAGUCUGAAGAGCCCAAACCCCAGCUCAAAAACCAAGACGUAAAAUCUUCGAAGAAAACCGCUGGCAACCGUCUUCCGAUACUGAAGAGCAUCUUAGACAAGAAACAACCAACAAAACCAACAAAGAAAACUCAAACUAAGAAAGGUGCUCCAAAUGUUACCGUAGCUCCUAAUAAAGAGGUGGCGAUGAAAAUAAGUGAUAAAUAUACGAAUAACGUUGAAGUAUUUGAUACAAGACAAGUUGAAUACAAUAAGUACAAAGAUGUAUUUGAAUACAGAGGCAAUGAAGUGUUGCAAAGUUAUAAAAAAGAUUAUUCUGAAGAAAUAAUGUAUAAAGAAAGCGAUCGGUUGACUGAAGAAAGAGAAUUAGCAGUGCUUAGACCGAUGUUCCGGAACAGUCCACCUAUAGAAGAGUUGGACAAAAGUAAUAUAAGAUCGGAGAACACUGAUGGUAAUUUCCAAGUGUUUACACAUAUAGAGAAGAACACGGAUGGAAAUUUCCAUGUGUAUACACAUUCGGAUAAAAGUAAAAACUAUAUUAUUCCCAGUUCCUCGCAAUCUAUUGAUAUGAAACUGGACAGAGAAAUGAGUAGGGACGUUAGAAAUGAUGGACUUUCUACAGAUAAUAUGGAUAAUGUGUUCUUAGAAAGAUUAAGUGCUUUUUAUAAUAUAACGGCAGUUUGAAAGUGCAGUGUAUCAGUGAGACGUACCCACAGUGGGACCAAAUAGUGGAAUUGAAGUUUGUGUUCUUUAUAUCUGAGGUAAGAUCUCUUUGGUCUUUUGUAUGUAUUUAGUUAGGGUAUGAUAGGGUUAAAUUGUAGUACGGCUAUUUAUACAUGAAAUACAAUGAGAAAUAAUAAUGAGAGAAAAAGUUGAUUGCAGGCUGAAAGUUGAUACAUUUGAAUUAAAAACAAUUUUAUUAGGCCAUUUUUAAAUUUGACUUUUGCUCGAUUUUAUUUUAAAACUGUAGUAAAGUCAUUAGAGUUGUUUUUGAACAAAUUUUAUCCGAUUUAAAACAGUUAUAUGAAAUUUGUUUAUUUUAAAUUUGAUAUCAAAUUGAAUCAAGUAUUUACUUGAUUGUUGUGAUAUAAUAAGCAAUCUACAAUUGGGUAUGUAUAUAUUUAGAAUUUUAUAAUGUAUAUAAAAGUACAAUGCAAAAUCAAAUUAGAUCCGACUGCUUAAAAAAACAAAGUUGAACCUGAAUAAGC